GAUAUAAUGAAGUUACAGGAUGUAUUCAUGCCACCAAAUUUUAAAGAACUUGUGCCAGUUAAUAGAAAGACCUUUAUUGACAAUAUGUUCACUGCCCUUGGAUGUGGUGUUGAAGAAGAAUAUGGAGAUUUGUUUGACCGAAUUGAUGUUACAGGAGAUGGUUUUGUUGACUGGGACAAAGUCAUGACAUUCAUGCUUUUGGGUCAUUAUGAAAAAGAAGAGCGUGUGAAGUCUUCACUUGUUCCCCAGUGGAGAGAUAUUAUAUUGCUUCCAUCACAUCAAAAGGAACCUAUUCAAAGUAUCGUCUACCUGGAGAAUUCACACCAUUACCUUAGUCUGAGUAAAGAUGGUUGGAUGAGCGUUUGGGGUGAGAACUUAAAGUUGGAGAAAACUUUACGAGUUGCCACUGAUUCUGUGAGAUUGCGAGACCUUUGGGUAACAAGUAUGGUGUCCUUAGCAAAUGUGAACAAGAUAGCUGUUGCCUUUACCAGUAAGGAGAUUUGCUUCUAUGAUUUUAAUUCCAAAGAAGAAUUUUCUUGCCAAUACAAACUUUACGGGUUAUGGAACAUUCUUAUCUGUAUGCAUUAUUGGUGUAACCCAGAAGAUGGAAAUGAAGCAAUUCUCACCUUUGGUGAUGUUUGUGGAGAGGUUAAUGCUAUCUGUUUUACCACAGUUUUAAUUUCACUUUUCGAGAGACCAGCCAGUUCAACAGAUGAGCAGGAGACGACCAUUGCUAUUAGCUGGCAGGAGCUGGUCAAAGGAAGUCACAAAUGCUGCUUCAUCUUAAAUCACAAGGGGCAUAGUAAAGAAUGGGUCAGGCAAGUGAGUUAUUGCUCUCACUUGGAGAUUUUCAUUUCUUGUGCUACUACUGACUUGAACACAAUAGUCCUGGGCUGGAGAGAAAAAGGAACAACCACACUUAAAGUCACUGCUUUUCACGUUACUGAAGGUGUAAAUGCAUUUGAUUACCACCCUGGGCUCAACUUAAUUGCUUCAGCUGCUGUAGAUCAUCACAUUUACCUCUGGAACCCUUAUGUAAUGUCUAAACCCAAUGGAGUUUUACAAGGUCACCUAGCUAGUGUAAUAGCUGUACAAUUUAAUGUGUCACGAAAACAACUCUUUAGUUUUUCUAAGGACAAGAUUUUGAGAAUUUGGGACAUGCACCAUCAACUCUGUAUCCAGCGACUUGCCGGUAUGUUUCCAAAGUCUCUGGAAUUUCAGACAAUUCUGUGUUUUAACGAACGCUUUGGUCAUCUGUUCAUCACUUUUAACAAUCAGCUGACAUUGUUAGAAAUGAAACAAGAAGCUGGCAAUUCUAUUACAAGUCAUGAAAAACCAGUUACCUGUGUGCUUUAUAAUUCUCAUUUCAAACAGGUUAUCAGUUCAGAUGUUGGGUCUACAGUCACUAUCUGGAUGAUUGAAACUGGACAAAAAGUAAAACAGUUUACUGGGUGUCAUGGCAAUUCUGAGAUUACAACAAUGGCACUAAAUGAGACUGGGACUAGGUUAUUCACUGCAAGUGUUGAUGGAACAGUGAAGAUUUGGGACUUCAAUGGACAUUGUCAUCAUAAACUGAAUGCAGGACGGGACCAAGCAGUUGAGAUCUCCCAAAUCCUGGUACUGAAAAGAAGUAUUUUGAUUCUUGGUUGGGAAAGCACAAUUACUGUAUUCAGAAUGGACACCCUCACCGAGUUCCUUGUUCAGCCUUCAGAAUGGAAGGGGAAAGCACAACACCACAAUGACAUACUUUGUGCAGCAUUUUUACCACCUCAAACACUUGCCACAGGUAGUUAUGAUGGGGAGAUUAUAAUAUGGAAUAAUAUUUCUGAAAAUGCAUCAUGUAGAUUUCAUCCAUGUUUCAAUCAAGCAUUACAGCACAAACCAGGCAUUCAAGAGCAAGAAAGUCAAACACUAGGUAACUUUUCCAUGAUUUCAAAUGGACAUCCUUUGCAUAGUCCCGGCAGUGAAGAUAAUGAAUAUCGCUAUGUCAUUACAAGAAUGUUCUUUUUAGACAGCAGAAGAAAUGGUUCAAAUAUGGAUGGAGCAAACCUAGUGUCCUGUGGUGUUUCUGGAAUUGUUCGCCUUUGGAACACCUUUAAGUGCCUGCUUGUAGCUGAGUUUGAGGCACACGCUGAUGCAUUGUCCAUCAUUAUGACAAUUGAUAAGAAAAAUAACUACAUUAUUACAGGGGAUGUAAAUGGCUGUCUUAAGAUUUGGAAUAUACAGGACUACUGCUUGAAUUACAGUGAUGUUAUCAUUACUCAACUUCCACCAAUGGUAGCAGCAACAAAACCUCAUUCAGAUUGUAUAAAUCAUCUUGAAACUUGUGUUCAGGACAGUCGUUUACUAAUUCUCUCUGCUUCAGCUGACUGCACUAUUGUUUUAAGUGACAUUUCUGGAUCAAUGAUUGGUGUUUUUGGCCAGGAUGAACAUUGGCGAAUUGGUAAGAGUUCACCUCCUUCCAUAAUAAAGAUAACCCCCACAGAAGGGAAGACUCCAAGUCAGAAAUCUGUGAAAAAUAAAGAAUAUCUGCCAAUUCCCAAACACAUUGUCCCUAUUAUUGAAGAGAAAAUUGAUCCGAACAUCAGGGUGAACAUAUGGGAAACUACAGUACUAGGCAAAAAAUUUAGAGAAAGCAGGAUCCAAAGAAGACCACGACCUCGUCUCUGUACCUGUGUCAAAGUACAGAACCCGAUAGGAACAUUUAGUUCUCUGCAUAUGGAAGAUUUGGAGAAAAUUAUUGAUGUGCCAAAGCCAGAUUUUCUGCAGAACACCCAUAAAUACUUUAAUGGAAAGACAGAGGAAGCUUGUAGUGACAAACUGACAAAUCCUACAUUGCCUGAAACAGUAACAGUAUGUUUUGAUGAGAAUAGCCUGUUUCCUAAAGAGAUGCUGGAUUGUGAACACAAAAUAAAGCUCUUGCAUGAGGAGGAUUUAAAUGUGAGGAAAGUAGCAGUAAAUGGGAAAACUUCCAGAGUGAAACCAAGGUGUCCACAGGAAACCACUUUAAGGACCAAACUUGGAAAACUGUGA